AUGACGGCAAAGGAGUCCAAUUCCACCAAAGUCCAUGCCUCAGAUAGUAACAUAUACUAUCCGGAAGGAGGUUUGAGGGCAUGGAGUGUUGUACUCGGAAGCUGGAUGGCCUGCUUUGGAUCCAUGGGCCUCAUGAACAGCCUGGGUAUAUUCCAGGCCUAUCUUGAAGAGCAUCAACUACAGUCCCAUUCCUCAGGAGCCGUUGGGUGGAUAUUCGGGCUUUAUUCGUUCUUCACAUUUUUCUGCGGCAUCCAAGUCGGACCAAUAUUUGAUGCCAGAGGCCCGCGAGCCCUGAUAAUCUGUGGGGGUACUGGCACGGUCCUCUUUUUGGUAUUACUGGGAUUUUGUACUGUCUACUGGCAUUUCAUGGUUGUUUUCGGCAUUCUUGGUGGGAUUAGUCUAUCUCUCAUCUUCAGCCCCUCGAUUUCAAUCGUUGCCCAUUAUUUUCACAGAUGGAGAGGCUUGGCGACUGGAGUCGCCUCCUCGGGAUCCUCAUUCGGAGGCGUUGUGUUCCCACUUCUCUUUGAAUCCCUAGUCUCUCGUGUCGGAUUUGCAUGGACAACCCGUGCUAUUGCUCUAGUUGACCUUGUCGUCUUUGCUCUUGCCUGGAUUCUGAUUCGGCCACGGUUCCAUCCAAAGAAGAAUAUCGGAGCCAUCCUGCCUGACCUUUCAAUGUUCCUCAAAGCAGAUCUCAUGCUCGCUAGUAUGGGCAUUUUUUUCAUGGAAUGGGGGUUGUUCGCACCGGUUACCUAUUUAACUUCUUAUGCCCUCUCUCACGGAAUGUCUUACCAGUUCGCAUUUAUGCUUCUCUCGUUGGUCAACGCCGGUGCAAUCCUUGGUAGAUGGAUCCCAGGGUAUUGCGCCGAUCGCAUAGGGAGAUUUAAUACGUUUAUCAUUACCAUCUUCAUGUGUCUUCUCUGCAAUGCGUGUCUGUGGCUGCUGGCGGGCUCUAGCAAAGCUGUCCUUACUCUAUUUGCUCUCUUAUUUGGAUUCUCUAGUGGGAGCAAUGUGAGCUUGGCUCCUGUCUGUGUUGGCCAACUUUGCAAGUUGGAGUCAUAUGGUCGAUACUAUGCCACAGCCUAUGUGAUUGUUAGCUUGAGUACUUUGACAGGAAUUCCUAUAGCUGGAGAAAUUCUCAUGCGCUGCAAUGGAGAAUAUUGGGGUCUAAUUGUGUUCACAAUAGCCAGCUACGCAGCAAGUCUGAUUUGUCUCGCAGCAACAAAAGGAUUUUGCUGUGGCUGGAUGCAGGUCACGAAAGUUUUCUAG